GACAUACAUGAUUGUUCGUGUUUUCCUUUUCUAUAAUAUUUUCACUCGAUUCGAAUCUAUCCCGUUCCCGUAUCAGUGAACAACACCAUAGCUUUUAUCAGUUUCCCACACCACAAGAGCUCACAAAUACAAACCCUUAUAAAUUCCAAAGACGAUAAUGGCUUUCUCACUAACAACCCCAGCUCCCGGAACCACCGCCACUGCCGCCCUCUCCAGCUCGUCCUCUUCGGCGUUUCUCAAUCCAUACCCCUCACAACUAUCCCUUCGGUUAAACAAAUUUGGGUCCUGCUCGCCCAAAUCGUUUGCCGUUUCUUGUGUCCUUGCUAAACAACCCACCGGUCAAAUGGAGCUGGAGAAAGCGGUGGUUCAGGAUGAGUUGUCGGUUCUUCAGCGCCCCGAUUCGCUCGGCCGUUUUGGUAAGUAUGGUGGGAAAUAUGUUCCUGAAACCCUAAUGUUCGCUCUCUCCGAGCUUGAAUCAGCUUUUAAAGCCUUAGCUACCGAUCAUGAAUUCCAGAAGGAAUUAGCUGGAAUAUUGAAGGACUAUGUUGGUAGGGAAAGCCCAUUAUAUUUUGCAGAAAGACUUACAGAGCAUUAUAAACGACCCAAUGGUGAAGGGCCAGAGAUUUAUCUUAAAAGGGAAGAUCUUAACCACACUGGUGCACAUAAGAUCAAUAAUGCGGUUGCUCAAGCUUUGUUGGCCAAAAAAUUAGGGAAAGAGAGAAUUAUUGCUGAAACGGGUGCUGGGCAACAUGGAGUGGCAACUGCAACUGUAUGUGCAAGAUUUGGUUUGCAGUGUAUUAUUUAUAUGGGUGCUCAGGAUAUGGAAAGACAAGCUCUUAAUGUCUUUAGAAUGAAGCUGCUUGGAGCUGAGGUAAGACCUGUUCAUUCAGGGACAGCCACACUAAAAGAUGCCACAUCAGAGGCCAUACGGGAUUGGGUAACCAAUGUGGAAACAACUCACUACAUCUUAGGUUCAGUUGCGGGCCCACAUCCUUACCCUAUGAUGGUGCGUGAAUUCCAUGCAGUAAUUGGUAAAGAAACACGAAAACAAGCAAUGGAAAAAUGGGGUGGAAAACCAGAUGUUUUAGUUGCAUGUGUUGGUGGUGGAUCAAAUGCCAUGGGCCUGUUUCAUGAGUUUGUUGAAGAUAAAGAUGUCAGAUUGAUUGGAGUGGAGGCUGCAGGUUUUGGGCUUGAUAGUGGAAAACAUGCAGCCACUUUAACAAAAGGAGAGGUUGGGGUGCUUCAUGGAGCUAUGAGUUACUUGUUACAAGAUGAUGAUGGUCAAAUCAUUGAGCCUCAUUCCAUUAGUGCAGGGCUGGACUACCCGGGAGUGGGACCCGAGCACAGCUUUCUGAAAGACUUAGGGCGGGCUGAAUAUUAUAGCAUCACUGACGAGGAAGCGUUGGAAGCUUUUAAGAGACUUUCAAGAUUAGAGGGAAUAAUUCCGGCUCUAGAGACAUCUCAUGCAUUGGCUUAUCUAGAGAAACUGUGCCCUACUUUACCUAAUGGCACCAAGCUUGUCCUUAACUGCAGUGGUAGAGGAGAUAAGGACGUUCAUACUGCCAUUAAGCAUUUGCAGUUGUUGGAUUUUACACAGUUUCUAUUUCUUCAUGUCUUGUUAUCCUUCUUUAUUCUUCAUGUUACUAGUUUCAUGUCUCGAUAUGACAAUCCCAACUGA